CUGUGCGCCAGGGAAAGGAGGCUUUCAUGGAUUGAUUCCGCCAUAAGUGAGAGACGUUGUUCAUACUGGGUUUCCUGUUUGCACGGGGGCAAGAUUAACAGGCGCUGUGUGGCUUCCCGUGGCUGAGUAGCCGAGGAGCGGAGCGUUCUUGGAGAAGAAAUGCGUGGUGUGCGAGCAGCCGGGUGCUUCAGAGCUUAGCCAGCCCUGCCUGGUCUGGUGACGUCCGGAUGUGUGACACGACGAGUCCAGAUUCACUUUGAACAUCCGUGUUUUUUAUUGCUGUGAUGGGGUCGGAAAGCCUCAUGAUCCUUUAUGAAGAUAAUUCAGUGGAAGUCCACUAUGCAGACAGAUCCAGAUUGCUCCUUUCUCCAUGUGGAUCAGAGUUCUUAUUCGAAAAGGCCAUUCCUCCCUCUGCUCAUCCAAUGCAGCCACCAGAAAGGGUUCGUCAAAGGACACCGUUUGCUAUUAGCAUCUAUCGGGAACAGCUCUUGCGGGCAAUAGAUUUCCGAAAUCAGUACUCUGAGCGGCCCUAUUUACCUUCAGACAUUAUACCUCCAGAGAGGAAAAAUGUCAUUUUCACAGAUAUCACUGAAGCCGAGUGGCCUGGCCUUCAUACAGCUAAUGAGGAAAUACAUCUGCUAAACAGAGGCGUGAAAGUCUCUUCUUUAGAUGGGCAUGCUUCUCUUUUUUUACCAGAGCUUCAGCAAGAAUUUACAGUGGAGUUUUUAUGCAAAGUAAGCAAGACGUUAUCAACCACAUUAUCAUUUUCGGAGAGUUGCUCCUGGAAGUCAACCCAAGAGCGUUAUGAAAGUUCCAACCAAAGUUCUGACUUAAAAAUAUGUUCCAGUCUUCUGGGAACAAAAACGAAGCACAACAUGGGCGUAGAAAAUUCUGUGCGAGAGAACCAUUCAGGUGCUAUGCAAAAAGAAGAUAAGAUCUCUCAGUCUUCCCAGAAGAGUUCAUCUGAAUAUUCUAGGGUUAUACAGCAUAUAUCGGUGUCGUCCUGCCCUGAAGAAUGGAAGUACCCUUUGUCAUUAGCCUUAAGGAUCAAUCAGUCAUAUAAUGGAAAUGAACUUGACUCUAAUAAAGGAAAGAAUGAAGGUGAUAGUGUAGGCCUGGAUAUUUCUAAUGAAUGUGGAAUGGCUAACACAGUUACUUGUCUACCUAUGGCUUUACCUCUCAGUUGUCAUGCUCCAUUCCUACACAGGUGGACUUUCACUGAUUUUUUCCAACAAAAAAAGGAGGAGGAUGGAUAUUAUUCGUACUCACAGCCUGUCAAAGUACUUUGGAGCAAGGGUAUUAUUUACAGGUUUUCUCUUGGACUUAGAAACAUAGAAAUUUACCCUGGCGAUGGAUCAGUUUUUAAAUCAGAAGGUUUCUUUUUGGGAAAAUAUUUCACUCGUUACUGUGUUCACCAACAAACAAAACAGAUAGAAGAAACUAUGUAUUCUGUAAGCAGUCUACCACCUGAUGUCCCAGGGAGUCUCUACUCUGUGUGGACAAUUAUAACACAAUCAGUGAGAGUUCUUCAACAUGAUCUUGAGAAUAUGCUUUCCUUAACACAUAAUUAUAAUGUUUGCUGCUGGAAGUUGUCUCCUGAGACAGGUGGAAGAGAAAUGUUACCACUCCCUCUGGCUGAAAAAUUUGUUCCUAAUGUAGGAAGAUUCUUUGCAUAUUCUGAUAAGAAAGUGUGUGCUGUGUUUUGUGAUGGGACGGUCCUGAAUAUGGAGUGGGAUUUCAGAUCUCACUCCAGAAAAUCACAGAACCCUCAAGAGGCUAAUGCAGGUUGGUGUAAGCUGACUUGUCCUGAAGGAGCACAACAGCUUUUUCAGAUAGAUCAUCCUGGGCCCUACAAAAGAUAUAUCACAACAGUGGUGGAAUGGUGCAAAAGCCUGAACAAAGACGGAGAGAUGUGUACCAAUAGUCAAGAAUCCAUUCAAGAACAAAGCUGGUCAGUUGCUGCUGAGCUUGAAAAAAUAAGAAGAUUCAAUUUUUUAGUCGAGAACAGCAAUAUUCCAGGUAUGAUUUCAACUGUGGGAAAAAAUCCAUCAUCCAACCUAGAUACAGAAAGUGUAUCAAAAGAAGUCUUUCUGGCUGAGGAUGUCAGUGUAAAGAACAUAACUGAGACUCUGGAAAAAACUUCAAAAGUUAUCAAUGAUAUUGACUCUCUUCUGGCUUCUUCCACAAAGCGUGCUGGGGUCAAAAAUAUUUCAAAUAAUGCUGUCCCUCUUUAACCUCACUGGAAAAGCAAAGGUUAGUACUGAGUCACUGACUUCACAGGUGAUUAUGUAAGAUUUAUAUAAAUUAUGACAAAUCAUAGUUUAUUUUAAAAAGGCUAAAGAUUAGAAGAUUACAAAGAAAUGUGAAACAUGGCUUCACUGAGAUACCUAUAUUAAAAUAAA